ACUGCCGGCCUGAAGUCACCGGUUGUCGGCGAAGAAAACGGACAGCCCCCCACCUCCUUAACACACUCUCGCACGCCUGAGGUCCAGCAGGGAGCUCCGUACCUGCGGAUCAGCUGGCUCCCAGAAGAACUCCAUGAAGGGACAGAAGGGCAGUGAAGCAAUGGUUCAUCCUCCACUAAAAUAACAGACACACUCCACUUCAUGGGACUGCUGACCUGAUUUUGAAAAAUCAGCAUACAGUUAUGGAACACUCUAAAGAAACACUACAGACUCAGUUUUUUAGUAUAAUUUAGUAUAUUGUCUAUUUAUGACCCUUUUUAUAACAUCCCACAGAAGCACUUAAAGGCUUCACUCUUGAAUGGAGGGUAAUACCUUUACUCUCCAUUGAUGUAUUUAUGUGAGAAAAUCAAGCAUCGACUUUGCUGGAUUACAGCAGCUUGUGUGAAGUUUGGGGAGGUCUACCUCUGAAAAUCAUACCUUAUUAUUUUAAUAAGGUUUUACUGCUGUUUCUAGCAACUACAGACUUGGUGCACAGGGUAUUUUUAACCCUCUGACACUUUGCAGCUGUAUUGGGAGAUGUUCCAGUUCAGCAAGUACCCCAUGGACAUUUUAGAGAUGCUAAGUGGACACCAAGCCCAUCAGUUCAAAGGCCUUGGAUUGGAACGACAACUGAGCCACCAACAGCAAGUCCAACUGCAGCAUCAGCAGCAGCUCCAGCAGCAGCACCAGCCUUCCGCUGAUACCUCUGGAAGCCUCCUGUCUGGCCUCGGCCUGGGAUCCCUCCAGAGCUCUCGAAGUAACGCCUUUGCUGACUCCUCAUCAUUAUUUGCCAAAAUGAGUGCCCCACCCCCGUCAAUCUCCCACCAGAGCCAGUCGUCCUCUUCAUCUCACAGCUCCAGGAAGUCCAGUAAGAUGAGCAGUAGCAGCAGCAGCGGGAGUGGGAGCUCCACAUCGGGGUACCCCCAGUUUCUGCGGCCUUUUCAUCCAGCUGAAGCUGCGCUGGCCCAGGAGCAGCUCCACUCUGGGAUGGGACGUUUUGACUUUGGUGGGAGCAGCAGCGGAGGCAGUGCAGGGGUCAUUGGGGGUGUCGUUACACCUGCGCCCCCGCCUCCGCCGCUGCAUCCAGGUCUCUCGGUCCCCCAGCCCUCCCCUGGUCCCUCCUCUUCCUCACCCUCUCCCUCCACCUCUGCUUCAGGCUCCAACAACCCUUCCGGCAGCACUGCAGUCCCUUUAGUCGGCCAGUCUGAUCCCCGCAGCCUCCAUCAGCAGUUCAGCUGCAUGCUUGCCGCCAACCAGUACUUCCUGUCUGGAGUCCCCACCAACAGCAGUCUCGAACAGUUCCUCGUCCAGCAAGGCACUCACAACCACUUGGGCUUGGGCCUUGGCCAAGGGGCCACUGAGUCAAACUCGGCCCUGGCGCCUCCCCCUGCCCUUCACUCCUCCCACAGUCACAGCCACACAGCUCCACAGCCUCAACAGCAGCAACAGCAGCUGACCCCUCACGCCUUAUCUCAUCCACACAGCCACACUCACCACCCGCACCCUCUCCACCCGGCCCCCCAGCCUGCCCCGCUGGGUGGCUUUGAUUUCCAAGGCAUUCCAGUCCUUUCCUCCAACCAGAUAGCAUCGCUAAUGCAACAAGAGGCUGGCCUUCCCCUCCCCCUUCCUCUCCACCUGUCCCUCUCUAAAGACGAUUCCUCAAAGUCAGGAGACAGCUCGUCUACGUCGGUUUCGAGUGGAGGCAGCAGGAGAAAGAAAGCGAUGGCGGGAUACCUGCCUCAGAGGAAAACAGACAGUAGUAGCCACAGUCACAGCAGCCACAGCAGCCACAGCAGUCACAGCCAUAGCAGCAGUAGUGUUAGUAACUGCCAUAACAGCAGCUCAAGUGGGCACAGUCAGAGCUCCUCAGCAGGCCUUGUGGGAGGAGGAUCUGGGGGUGUUGGGAUAAGUGGCAUCGGAAGCGAGCCACAGCAUUCCUCUCUGCUCUCAUCGUCCUCACAGCAACAGCAGUCGUCCUCCACCGUCUCCUCCUCUUCGUCUGCCCCCCCCUCCUCAAACUCCACCUCUGUGCUUGUAGCCAACGGCAACCAACCCAAAUCCCAAGAAAGCCACAGUAAUAGUUCGUCUGGCCAGCCUGAACCAGAACCCCUUUACCACUGUGGUGAAUGUGGUAAAACCUUCACCCACCUCUCCAGCCUUCGAAGGCAUCUCCGCAGCCACGGCUUGACACCAGAAAGCCAAAGCAGGAAGUCGGACUGUAACUCCCCCAGCCCAGAGAGGAUAUUCUGCUGUGGUGAGUGUGGGAAGAGAUUUAAAAAGAGAGGUCACCUCAUCCAGCAUAGUGUCACCCACUCAGAAAACCGGCCUUUUGUCUGCACCAUCUGCCAAAAGUCCUUCAACCGUCGAGAGUCACUUACGAGACACGAGAAGAUCCAUGACGAAAAGCCUUUCCGAUGCCCAGCUUGCGGGCGUUGUUUCCGUGAGAGCACCUCUCUUCUCAACCAUGCUGCCUCAGGUGCCUGUGGCAAACCUCCCCGGAGUUCAAAAAACCGGGCCAGCACCGGAGGGAGUGGAUCAUCAAACCCAAGCAGCAGCAAAAUGGGAAGCAGCGGAAACAGGGUAGGCAUUUCAAACGAUGGUGCGGCGAUGGCUAAUGAUAAGUAUGCAACAGAUUAUUCAAGAAAUCGUUACCAGAACCAGUCGUCCUAUAACAGCGGGGUUGAUGACUACAGACGAUCACAAUCGUCAUCUUUGUACUCCUCAGAGAGUACGCUAGCCAGUGAAAUGACCAGCCAAACUCUCCGCAAAGCCCCUUUAGCCCCAACUCUUCAUCCCCACCCUCAAAGUCAGCAACAGCACCACCACCACCAACAGCAACAACAGCAGCCACACCUCCCCCUUUCUUCCCUAUUGGAUGAUUCGGAGGAUGAGGUCACCAGCAGUGCAAUGUCAGCCAUCGCCGCUGCUGCUGCAGCUUCCUGUGAUAUAAACACAGAGAGCCGGGAAGGAGAAAGGAGGGAUAUCAUCGGAGGGCUGCUGGGGGGGUUGGGGUUUGGUAACUUGGGUGGACCGUCAUCCACGUCCAGCCUCAACGGUUCCACCAUGCCUUUAACCCACCCGAGCCAACCCCACACUAAGCCCAGGAGGCCGAGGAAGCCCAGAGAGAAAAGGGACCCAAGCACCAUCGUCAGGAGGAGGAGGAGCCCUGCACCUCCGGGGGACGGCUCUGAGAGGCCGUAUGGAUGUCAGAUUUGUGGCAAACGCUUCAGAAGGGCGGAGACCCUGCGACGCCACAACCGCGUUCACACGGGGGAGAAACCUCACGCCUGCGACGUGUGCGGCAAAAUGUUCCGUGAGCCUUUCCAUCUCACCAAGCAUCUGACUGUGCACUCUGGUCAAAAAAACUACAAAUGUAAUCUGUGUGGGAAGAUGUUUGCCUAUGCACAGAGCUUGGUGAGACACGGGAAGCUGCACAGAAAAGGGGAGAUCGACAACCAGGGGAGGAGAAUAAAAGGUGCUGCUGCUGCCAUCAGUCAGGUUGCCAACUCUGGAAACUCUGACUACUUCUCAUCUUGCUCCCAAGGAGAAAAGUCUCCAACAUCUGGCACCCCCUCCCAGAGGCUUUAUACUUGUACAGUGUGCUGGAAAUCAUUCCGCCACUAUUUCCACCUGACGGCACAUCAACAGACUGUCCACGGUGGUGGGGUAGGGCUGGAAAAGUCCUUUCGUUGUGAAGUAUGUGGCAAAGCCUUCGCCUACUCCAACAGCUUAGUGCGGCACAAGCUGUCUCAGCAUGGCCUCGACCGCAACGGACAGCGUGUCAACCAGUCCCAACCCUCUGGAUACUCUCCCCUUUUCUAUGAUUCAGGAGCAGGUUCCAACUACACCGGGUCAGCUCACAUGCAGCAAGGGGCUGCUGGGCAGCAGCAGCAGCAGCAGCAACAGCAACAGCAACAACAGCAACAACAACAGCAGCAGCAGCAGCAACAACAACAACAGCAACAACAACAGCAACAACAACAACUGCAUCACCCUUUUCACUACCGCUCAAAAAACUUCCAAAAGCGGCAUGGUCAGACAAAAAAACACAGGAAGAAAAAAAGGCGAGUCGUGAUCCACAGCAUCAUGAGAGACGGAAAGCUGGUGGGUGUCCCACUGAGUAAAGAUACUCGCAGGAAGUUGAUGAUUCUGAGGAGAAAGAGGGGAAAACUACAGGCACAGCUCAACAAAAAAAAGCUCCUGGCCCAGCUGAGGAUAAAGGGCGGCGUGAUGAAAGUGAAGUCGUGGUGCGGGGGCGCAGUCAGAGUGACCGGGCUCACCUCAAUGGACAUCCCAAUCAAGCGCUUUCCCUGCCCGAUCUGCCCCAGCACCACAUACGCCAAGCAGGGUUCUCUGCUGGUCCACCAUGCCAUCAGGCACCCACCGAGAAACUCAGGCCGCCAUGCCCGACUGCGGUGCCAGGUGUGUGGAAGACGCACCAGCUCAUUACACAAAGCCUUGAAACACAGGGGCCAGCAUCUCAAACAAGCUGCAUUCCAAUGCCACAAAUGCCGACACCGUUUUUGGAACCCCCGGCUCCUGGCCCGCCACAAGUUUUCCUGUCGGGGCUUGACUGUCAACAGCGGGGCCGGGCACUGGGGACUGAUGAAGAUGAAAUCUCCAUCGUCUCAUGACCAGUCAGAUAGUGACCAUUCACCAAUCCAGUUGACGGUCCCAGUCCAGCCUGAGAGAUCAACAGUUCUGACUGAGUACAGUCAGUAAAAAAAAAAAAAAAAAAAGUUUUCUAGAAUAGAUUGUUUUGAUGUUUAUUUUUUUUAAAUAAUCCAAGAAGCAGCGAGCAAGAGCUAGCAAGUUUUUAACAAAAAGAGGUGGGAGAAUGGGGAGGGUUUAGUGUAACUCCCAUAAUAUCCCCACACCCUUCCCCUGGAUAAAUCUGUAUACAAUCCUGACUUACUACAUCAGAGAUGGUUGAUAAAUUAGUGUGGACUUCAAAAGGCCCAAAAUCAGAACCACUCUAAGUAUCUCUCUUCUCUUCCCCAAAGGUGAAGGAAAUCUAGACCACGUGACAAUUUUAGUAGCACCUGUUUAAAAAAUUUCAUACAUCAUUUUCCUUUCCAUUUUAUAUAUAUAUAUUUUUAUUUGUAAUUUUCCCAAUAGCAGUGUUUGCGCAUCAAUAUGGAUUGGAUGCCUAUUGUAGAAGUGAGGUACCUUUAGUACCAGUUUAUUUUUUACAAAUUGUUUUCACAUUAUUCACAGUUAAACAGUAUAGUCCUCGUCUCUUGCUCAGUAUGUGUUUAUUUGUUACCCCAGUGGAGAAUCUCUUUUUAUAUAGAGAUAUCAUCUGCCCUCUGAGAUAAAAUUAUCUUUUAAGAAAAAAAAGGAAAUCCUGACCUGACUAAGAGCCUCAGUAAAGUGACUUUUACAAGUUAAUAGUCUUAUCUGGCACAAAAGGCAAUACUAGUUGAUGUGCUAAAGUGACUGAAAAGGAAAAAAAAGGAGUUAAGACAAAACAGUAAAGUGUUGGUGACCUUGUUUUUAAUGUACACUACUUUUUGUCAUUUUUUUAAAGAGGCGUGGACAGAGAGAAAACACGACUCAAACUGUUAAUGUGUUCAGGAUUUGAAAAGGACAACAGAAAUAACCGGAGUGUACUGUACAAUUCGUAUUAUAUUUUAUUAUAUAUUGAUUAUUUGCUGUUUUUUACUCCAAGUAUCAUUUCUUUUAUCAUUGUUGGUAUUGUAUGGGUGGGAGGGAACGAGUUGGGGGCUAUCUUUGUAAAACAGCGGGAUGAGUAUAUGUAUCGAUGUGAUAUUUUUCCCCCCUCCCCGAACCCCCUUUUACCUGCUCCCUCAUUGCCACAGUUAUGCCCAGUUUUUUGUAACAAAAGCGUGUACACAUAGUUCAUUACUUAGGUCCUGUCCAGACGUGUUUUUCUUUUUUCUGUAAAACUAAAACAUGUAAUAUUAUUACUAAAUUACUAUCCUUUUCUUUGCCUAAAAGUGAGUUGUUGAAAACCCUCAAAUCAAAUAAAAAAAUCUGAAAUGUUA